AUGUCAGCUCUCACUUCACUCGCCCCUGAGCUACUUCUCCAAAUCUUUGCCGCCCUCGACCUGCGCGGCAGGAUCCGUCUCAGCAGCACAUGCAGUCGCCUCCGCAACUUUGGAGUGAACGAAGUCCGUGUUUUUGAGACCCUUUCCUUCGCAUGGUCUAAGCAGCAUGUUGCGGACUCGGCCCUGCUCGUGGCCCAAACGUACGGUGACAUGGUUCGAACGUUGAGGGUCGUACACAGUGCUCCGCUGUGCUUCUAUCCAGCCGAGGAAGAUAUGCACAAAUGCCACUGCGACGAACCAGGGUCCGAACUACCCACACUGCCUCCCAGCUCAAUAACGCUCCUCCAUGGCAGGGGAUCUGACGGUCCUCUACUGCCUUGUGUUGACAGUCUGGUCAUUGAGUUUCCUGCUACUUAUCCCGAUGGGAAAGAACACCCUUACGGAGAGAUCGACUACGAAGUGCUUGAGCUGUAUUCCGAUGAUUGUUUCGACGAUAGGCACCCGAUAAAGUGUAACAACGCACAUAUCGACGCCAUGUUGCAAUAUUUGGUAGAUAGCAACUACAUAAAGCUCCCUGUUAUCAAAUCACUACGAAUCGUCAACCUGCCGCCGCACAGCUCUGUAUUUUUCGACUCUACAAAUUGGCGUCGUUUCCUGGGUGGCCUGAACCAUCUGGACCUUUGCCUAUACGGCUGGGGCGGCGAUCACCUCACCAACAUCAACAAGCAAGCGUGUUAUCUCGAUUUUGUGGAUGGAAUUGAUAGAAUGAUCCUCAACCAUUUAACUGGGCUCACCAAGCUGGGAUUUCACGUCACCGACCAUGCGCCGCUGGAAGAGCUGCCUUGGAAACCAACGGCCUUGCCACUCUUGAAGGAGUUGGAACUCACCAACGUCGACGUCAACGCCCACCUGCUUUCUUUCCUCAAAUCAUGGAGCAAAGUCGUAAACCGACCAUUAUCCCUGACCUUGACUAACGCAGCCGCGGAUAGCCAGCUUGUGUGGGGCUAUCCAGAAUAUCUGACGUGGGAAGCCUUUUUCGACUGUCUCAUGGCAGAUAAUGUUGGUUUCUCCAAAUUCGAGGUGACGAUGAGGGAGGUGGAUAUGACGGAUGCUAGUGCUGAUUUCACAAACCGAUUGGUUGCCAACCCGCACCUCUUGGUGUUUUCGUACGGCCAGCUCGACGACAAGUAUCGAGACUGGAUGGAUUCCCCGGAGAUGACGACGGAGCGGUUUCUUCUCGGGCGUGAUCAGGCUUCUUAUGAGAAAUUCAUGGCCAAGGUGGGAAACAAACAAACAUAA